AUGUCUACUGAUUCAAACCAAAAUGUGUAUAAUUUAUUCCAACAUUACACAAAUGUUGCAUCCGACUAUCAUGUAGAGCCGCUGUUUCAGUCUCCUUCAUCAUCUCAUGGACAAUGGUUAAAUACAAUAAUAUUUGAUGUAUUAGAUCUUAAACGUGAUCAUAUUUUAACUGAUGUUGGCUGUGGAUCGGGAAUCGAUUGUCUAUGGUUCUUAAAUAAAAUGAACAAUGAAAUAAAGAUUAUUGGAUGUGAUCCAUCAUUAGGUAUGAUUGAAAUCUUCAACAGCGAAAUAAAAGAACGAAAUUUAACCAAUAUUGUUCAAGCAUUUUGUAUGGAUGCAGUUAUAUUCAGUCAACAGAAAGAAUUACCAGCGUAUAAUCGUCUUUUAUUGAAACACUGUGUUCAUCUAUUAUCGCAUAGUGAAAGAUUAUUAGCUUUUAAAGGUUUCCGUCAACAGUUGAAUUCUAAUGAUAACAAAUUAGUCAUUGUUACACGUGCACCAAAAGAAAUCUUCCCAUUGGAUAAGCGUACACAUGAGAUACAUAAAUCAGUAUCCCCUUCUAUUGAUAAUUAUGUACAAGAAUUAGAAAUGUGUGGAUUCACAAAUAUUAAGUAUGAUACAUAUCAGUAUACAUUUGAUGACAGUGUAACUCUUGACGAUUGGAUUAAUCUUAUAAAGAAGAGAUUAUGGUCAAUAUUUUCAAUUGAGAAAAUCAAUGAAGAACAAAUGAUUGAUUUGGUUUCAUAUUUAAAAGAAACAUACAAACAUCAAAAAUUCCAAAUGAAAGAUGAAAUUAUAAUAUUACAUUGCACAACAAUGAAUUACUGA